AAACAACGUGCACAAGUAAUGAUCAGACACCUAUCAACAAACCUGAUUUAUUCAGUAUCAUAUCGGAAUCUCUCCAAGACCUUGGAUUUAAUAUUCCAUCAGCAGAGGCCCAUUUCGCAAAAGAAACAGCACAAAAAAAUAAAAAUUUAUCUGUUAGAUCCUCAAAAAGAAUCAUUAAAGCCGUACGAAUCAUUUCUCAUACAGAUGUUUGAUCUGUGGACCUCCAUACAACCAGAAACGUCACCAAUCAGAGAACAGAUAUGGAGGAGGUUCAGUGCGUUCGCUUCAUCAAAUGAUUAUAUUACCUUUUGGAAAGGUUUCUACAGUAUGAUAGGAAUAGCUGGUUCACCAGUACUUUCUUUCUACAUUACCUACACCCUUUUCAUUCGCUACUGGAGUAGCAAGUAUCCUGCAAACGAGCUUCAGCACGACACAUCAGAAGUAUCUCAUCUGACAUAUAAAGAACAAAAUGCACUAUGGUACAUAGCAGGGUACAUUUUUAAAAAAGUAAGAAAGGAAGUAAAAGGAAAGGAAGGAAUUAUUGAUUAUUUUAUUGAAGAAGGCACAGAUACUGACCAUAGUGAAGAAACUGAAGAUGAUUGCAAUGCACAGAACUGGUUAAAUAUUACUGACAGGGGAGGUUUAACAAAAUGUACCAAUGAUUUUUAUACUUUUCUUCAAGCCGUAGAACCAAAAUUGAAGUGUCUACUUGAGAAGUCACUCAACUCCACUCUUGGCCAUCCAAGAACAAUCAUUCAAACAUUACAGGAGAAAGUAUCGAUAAUAGAUAGCUGGAACAUCCUAGUCACACCUCUACCUGACUCCUCAUCCGCUAACAGCAUCAACACAAAAUAUUACAACUUUACAUAACAGUGAGAAGCUU